AUGAAUGUAUCUCAUGCCGUAAAUGAAUUGUUUUUCAGCUAUGCUGAGAUGUUCUACGGCGGGCUGGGGCGCUUCACGGGCGGGCGGGCUCGGCUGGCGGUGCGCGCGGACGCGGCCCCGGUGUUCUGCCGCGCGCGGCCGCUGCCCUACGCGCUGCGGGAGCGCGUGGACGCCGAGCUGGACGCCAUGCUGCGCGCGGGCGUCAUUGAGCCCGUCGAGUGCUCGGACUGGGCGACUCCUCUCGUUAUUGUCAAUAAAUCGGAUGGAGCUAUUCGAAUAUGCGCGGAUUACAAGGUAACCCUCAAUCGUGUCUUAUCUGUCGACAAGUACCCAGUGCCUAAAAUUGACGACUUAUUGUCGCAAUUAGGGGGAAGUAAAUUUUUCAGCAAAAUAGACUUAUCACAGGCAUACAAUCAGAUCUAG